GAUCUCCCUUCAAGAUCAAAAUAAAUAAACUUAGUUAACGUGCGGCAGUAAGAAGAGAUCCAAAUCGAUAAACAUUCAAACGGAAAAACAUAAAGCAGAUUGUUGAAAUGCUAAAAAUUAGGUAAAGUGGGACCAAAAUCUAAAGGAGCUGAUUAUUGGGAACGAGUUAUGGGGUCGAUCAAUGAAGUUAAGUUUAGUCAGUGAUGAAAUGUGAAAUAAUGACCAUAAUUCCAUAUCCCAUACGUGUAUAUCUUUGCUUCUUUUCUCUAUUUAAGAAGGUGUAGACCACAAACUAGCUGGCUAGAGAGAGAAGGCGAGAUGGGCACUGCUGGGACGGCAUCAAGUUCUACGGCAGUUCAUGCAAGAGACUCUCAUGAUCAACAUCCCCAAGCAGAUCAUGGUCAUCACGAUCAUUAUCAGACGGAUGAUGUUAAGGAACUUGAUGCUGGUGCUCUGUUUGUUCUCAAAUCCAAAGGUUCAUGGAUACACACUGGGUAUCACCUUACAACAUCAAUAGUGGCACCACCGCUGCUCAGCCUUCCAUUCGCCUUCGCUUCACUUGGUUGGGUAGCUGGAAUCAUAUGUCUAACCAUCGGAGGUGUUGUAACGUUUUAUUCGUACAACCUCAUCUCACUUGUUUUAGAGCAUCAUGCUGAGUUAGGAAAGCGUCAUUUGCGAUUCAGAGACAUGGCACGAGAUAUUUUAGGUCCAAGAUGGGCACAAUAUUACGUAGGUCCAAUUCAGUUGAUAGUCUGUUAUGGUGCGGUCGUCGGUUCAAGUCUUCUUGGAGGACAGUGUAUGAAGACAAUUUACUUGUUAUCAGAUCCAGUAAAUGAGGCCAUGAAGUUAUACCACUUUGUGAUAAUAUUUGGAGGUCUACUUCUGAUAUUGGCUCAAAUCCCAUCUUUUCAUUCUUUGAGGCACAUCAACCUCAUUUCUUUGCUACUUUGUCUUGCUUACAGCACCUGUGCCACGGCUGGUUCUAUCUACGUUGGAAGUUCUUCAAAGGCACUGCCCAAGGACUACAGUCUAAAGGGUGAUACUGUCAAUAGGUUGUUUGGUGUGUUUAAUGCCAUUGCCAUUAUUGCUACAACCUUUGGGAAUGGAAUUAUCCCUGAGAUUCAGGCAACUUUAGCGCCCCCAGUGAAAGGGAAAAUGUUUAAAGGGUUGUCAGUUUGUUACACUGUGGUGGUUGUUACGUUCUUUAGCGUUGGCAUCUCAGGCUAUUGGGCGUUCGGGAAUGAUGCAGGUGGAAUCAUCAUAAAUAACUUCAGGGAUGACAAAGGAAAUUCUUUUGCCCCGAAGUGGUUCCUCUUGAUGACCAAUGUCUUCAUACUUCUACAACUAUCAGCAGUUAGUGUGGUUUACUUGCAACCCACGAACGAAUUGUUAGAGCGCAAUUUUUCUGACGCAAAAUGCGCUGAACUCUCAGCAAGAAAUGUAAUCCCAAGGUUGAUUUCUCGAACACUGUCAGUUGCCCUAGCAGUGACAAUUGCUGCAAUGCUUCCAUUCUUUGGAGAUAUUAAUGCUUUGAUUGGAGCAUUUGGGUUCAUGCCUCUUGACUUCACAUUGCCGGUCAUUUUCUUCAAUUUGACAUUUAGGCCGUCUAAAAGAGGAUCCGUUUUUUGGUUAAACACCAUGGUAGCUGUCGUGUUCUCGAUACUAGCAGUUAUAGCAGCUGUAGCAGCAAUUCGACAGAUAAUUCUUGACGCCAAAACUUAUCGUUUGUUUGCCAAUGUAUAACUUAUAGCUCUUUUCUAGUCUGAAACAUAAUCCUGUAAUUUGCAGUUUUUUGUUUUUGUAUUUAUAGGAUCAAUCUACAUGCACGCCAUCCUUCGUUUCUGGAAGAUGAUUCUGAGUUCAAUGAAAAUCAUUGUAAUCUAAAGUCUGGGAUGUUUAACCCGCAAUUUCAAAACCUGUGUCUGAUAUUUCUUAAAGAUGA